GGGGCACCACCACCUCUCAGGACAACUUGUGGCAGUGCUUCCAGACUUUCCUUUAUUCCAUUUUUAGCUUUUUGUUUGAGUGCAUUUAACAAAAAGACCCCACUUUCUCAUCAGGUCUCUGGGGUUCUAUAUAGAAUCUCCUGGAAUCCAUUGGUGCUGUACAGCGGAAGGCCAUUGACGUGUUGCCUUGCAGGGGUGUACCAGCACGUGUCAGGGGAGCAGGUUGGAGGCCACGCCAUCAGGAUCCUGGGCUGGGGCGUCGAGAAUGGGACCCCGUACUGGUUGGCUGCCAACUCCUGGAACACCGACUGGGGAGAUAACGGCUUCUUCAAAAUCCUCCGAGGAGAGGACCACUGUGGCAUUGAGUCUGAGAUCGUGGCUGGCGUCCCCAGAACGGAGCAAUACUGGACAAGGGUGUAACCACCCUCCUGCAUCACUGCUGAUGAGUUGAUCACACCACAAAUAAUCCCAAGUCCCUGAAGCUUUUAACUGAUAGCGGGUUGGGCGCAGAGCCCCCACUCUUAAGAGACUAUAGUUGAGGUUCCUUUAAUUAAAGCUUUUUAUCUUUUUA